CCCUCCCCUCUCCUCCCCGGCGGGUGCGCGCGCAGUCGGUCAGGCGGGCGCGGAGCGAUGGCGGCGGAAGGUUCUGGAAAGCGGCGGAUUAAAGUGACGGUGAAAACCCCCAAAGACCGCGAGGAGUUCGCCGUGGAGGAGGAGGCGUCCGUGCGGGAGUUUAAACAUGAAAUCUCCAAGAGGUUUAAGGCCAAGCAGGAGCAGCUGGUGCUCAUAUUUGCGGGGAAGAUACUGAAGGACGGCGAUACGCUCAACCAGCAUGGCAUCAAAGACGGCCUCACUGUGCAUCUCGUAAUAAAGACAGCCCAGAGGCUCCAGGACUCCAGCACGCAGCCAUCAACGUCGUCCAGUUCCCCCAGCACUGAGGAGGUCAACACGAGGCCCGAACCCACCACAGGCAUGGUCACCAGCACGAGCAGUCCGGCCAACACAGCCCCCGCAACAGGGACACCCACUUCCUCCCCAUCCGUACUGUCUGGAUUCGGUGGCAUUCCUGGCCUAGGGAGCCUGGGCAUGGGCUCGGCAAACUUCAUGGAGCUUCAGCAGCAGAUGCAGCGGCAGCUGAUGUCGAACCCAGACAUGCUGGCCCAGAUCAUGGAGAAUCCCUUUGUACAGAACAUGAUGUCGAACCCAGACCUGAUGAGGCAGAUGAUCAUGGCGAACCCUCAGAUGCAGCAGCUGAUGGAGAGAAACCCAGAGAUCAGUCACAUGUUAAACAACCCCGAGUUAAUGAGACAGACUAUGGAACUGGCUCGAAACCCAGCCAUGAUGCAGGAAAUGAUGAGGAAUCAGGACCGGGCGCUAAGCAACCUUGAGAGCAUCCCUGGCGGUUACAACGCACUGCGACGCAUGUACACUGACAUUCAGGAGCCCAUGUUCAGCGCAGCCAGAGAACAGUUUGGAGGCAACCCGUUCACGGCACUGGGAGGUGGUUCAGACAGCAACGCUCAACCGUCGCGGACUGAGAACAGAGAGCCCUUACCGAAUCCCUGGGUGCCGACGUCACCGGCUUCCCCAGCCGCUGGCUCCGGCAGUGAAGGAGGGAACAACACUAACCACACUACACCGCCAGUAUCAAACCCCUUUGGCAUUAACGCUGGGAACCUCGGAAACGGAAUGUUCAACAGCCCGGGGAUGCAGAGCCUAAUGCAGCAGAUAUCGGAGAACCCGCAGCUAAUACAGAACAUGCUGUCCGCACCGUACAUGAGGAGCAUGAUGCAGUCCCUGUCCCAGAACCCUGACCUCGCCUCACAGAUUUUGAUGAAUAACCCCUUGUUCGCUGGCAACACACAGCUGCAGGAUCAGCUCCGACUCCAGAUGCCCAUCUUCUUGCAGCAGAUGCAGAAUCCAGAUGUGCUGUCAGUCAUGGCUAACCCUCGGGCAAUGCAAGCCUUACUCCAGAUCCAGCAGGGGCUGCAGACACUGCAGAAUGAAGCACCGGGACUUCUACCAGGAUUCAGCCCCGCUGCCCCCGGCGCCCCUGCUCCUGUCGGAGGUCUCGGUGGGCUCGGGGGCCUAGGCAGCGGAUCGACGCCCACGACGACGGCAGCGGCACCCACCACGGCCAGCAGCGGGAACGGGAACGUCAACGUCAACGUCAGCUCCGAGAGCCCAGCGCCCACAGCCCCUGGGACAGGGGGCAGCAACCCACAGCAACAGCUGAUGCAGCAGAUGUUACAGAUGUUAGCUGGGGCUAAUACUCAAGUACAGAACCCGGAAGUGCGAUUUCAGCAGCAACUGGAACAGCUCAGCGCAAUGGGUUUCAUCAACCGGGAGGCCAACCUUCAGGCACUGAUAGCCACUGGCGGGGAUAUAAACGCUGCAAUUGAGAGACUGCUGGGCUCGCAGCCCUCUUAAACAGCAGGGAGCCGCAGCCCUAGCAUUCUCAUCAUUUAUUUUAUUCUACAGCGGGAGAGCAGGCUCCUCAGGAGGAUAAGAACUGACAUUUUAAGUCAAAAGUGAUUUCAAAACACACAAAAAAAAACAGCUCGUUCGAAACUCAUCUCCACCCUUUACAGUACGUAUCGUCCAGUGCUUAAUUGAAAAAAAACAGUUGUCCUGUUGAAUUGUAAAGAUGAAAAAAAAAUACACACUUGCUGCCCAGCAUUUGUUGGCCCCGGUUUUACCCCUCCCCUGCCCGUCUCCCACUUUGCUUCUGUGUUCUGUAUUUGCUACCAGAGCCUGGAUCCAGUGGUUUAAAAAAAAAAAAUGUGAACAUAGCAUAAAAAAGUAACAUUGCUAACGGCUUGAG